GCGGACCUUCCCCAGCAGAGGAGCCUUCAGCCUCGAACUGAUCCCACUCUCCCACAGCUCACCUUCCCAGUUACGACCCUCCCCCUCCUGACUCCCAGCUCUCCCACUCCUCCAUCUUCUUCCUCCAGACCUUCCCUGGCUGCGGCCCCCUCCCUCGUCUCCUCCGGGGGUCGAGGUCAUGGCGGUGCCUUCGGCUCACGAGUUCCACUGGCAGAGUUUGUCUCGGCUGGCCAGCGGGCGUGUGUACCACUCCCUGUGUGAGGUGGGGGGGCAGAUGUACAUGCUGGGGGGCUGCGACGCCGUGGGGAGACCCUCCCCCGCCCUGGAGCUCUACUCCCCCGAGGGGGAUCGAUGGAUGACUUUGCCCCAGAUGCCCACCCCUCGAGCGGGGGCCGCUGUGGCAGUGCUGGGGAAACAGAUCCUGGUGGUGGGAGGAGUGGGAGAGGACCAGAGCCCCCUGAAGGUGGUGGAGAUGUUCAACAUAGAGGAGGGGAAGUGGAGGAAGAGGAGCACGCUGAGGGAGGCCCUGAUGGGGGUGUCCAUCACUGUGAAAGACGGCCGUGCCCUGGCAGUGGGGGGGAUGGGUGCUGACCUGCUCCCUCGCAGCAUCCUGCAGCAGUACGACCUUCGAAAGGACGUUUGGGCGCUGCUUCCUCCGAUGCCCACCGCGCGCUACGAUGCUAACACACACCUGCUGGCUAACAAGCUCUACGUGGCAGGCGGCCGCCAGUGUAAGCGACCAGUUAAGGCCUUCGAGGUGUUUGAUGCAGAGACGCGCUCUUGGACUACGUUACCCAGCAUGCCUUGUAAACGUUCAUAUGGGGGCGUGCUAUGGGACGUAACCGGGAGGUUGUGUCUGCUCGGAGGACUGCGGCAGGGAGGACACCAGAGCUCAAAGUUCACCAAGAACGUCAACAUCUUUGACACCAACCAAGGCUGCUGGUUGAAGUCGGAGGAGACGGUGGCGAUGAAGACGAAGAGAGCUGACUUUGCUUCUGCUUUCCUGCGAGGACGCAUGGUGGUAGCAGGAGGACUGGGUCACGAGCCCUCGGCCCUGGACACAGUGGAAGCCUUCCACCCUCAGAAGAAGAAGUGGGAGAGGUUGUCUCCCAUGAACUCCCCCCGCUGCUCCACCUCCUCCAUCGUCAUCAGAGACCGCCUGCUGGUGGUGGGAGGCGUCAACCAGGUUCCCAGCUCAGCCCAUGAGAUCCUGUAUGUAAAGGAAGAAGAGUAUCUGUAGCCUGCAGUAAUGGACACCAGCCAUCAGACUGUCUUUGGUCACAUGGGAAAGCACGGAGAGAGAAAUGGAGGGAGUGUCAGUAAUAUAAGAGGCGACAGCGCCCCCUGCUGGCCGGCUCUGACCCUGCUGGAUCAAACACAAGCACAAUGGAGGAGCUGGCUCUUUCUUUAAACGAGUUGUUUCCGGAUACUUUGAGUACUUCUGCGAUGUACGUUGCAGUGCAUACAUGGAGGAGGAACUAUAGAAUAGAAUAUGGAGGGAUGAAACCCUCUGUAAUGGUCACACAUGCAGAGCACACAGCACACACAGUGACAUGUGUUCUCUGCUUUUAACCCAUCCUAAUACCAGGAGUCUAGAACUAGGAGCAGUGGGCAGCUAUUGUACAGCGCCCGGAGUGAGGGGGGAAGGGGGGUGUCCGGUGCCUUGCUCAAGGGCACCACGGCAGGGCAGGAGGUGAACUGGGACCUCUCCAAGUAGCAGUCCACACUCCAUAUUUAGGUCUGGUCGGGGACUUGAACCGGCGACCCUACGGCUCACAGCACCUACUGACUGAGCCACUGCAACUCUUUUGUAGCCUGUAUGUCUGGUGUUGUAGACAGAAAAUACACAGAAGACCUGUUUGACGGAAUAAUAUGCAUUUCAUGUUUGGUGUUGUGAAGGGAUGCACGAUUGUUUUCAGCCAAUACUAAUGAUAACCUGUUUUCUCAUGACUGGUGACUUUAUUUCACAUCAUAGAAGAAGAGCAUGAAGUGUAGUGAAUGCACACAAAGAGGGUUAGAAAGGCUAAGAUGUUGUGAGCAAAGACGAGUGAUUUAAGAUUAGAAAGCUCUGACAUAACCAUAUCUAACAAACAAAAAUGGUUACACGGCUUAGUUGAAUACUCGACUCUGAUUGGCUAAUUGGACAUUUCAGAGGUUGUUAAUACUCGAUAUAACACCGCUGCUAGGCAACAUAAUGACCGUUGCUAAGGAAGAUCAAGGGAGAGACUUCCUGUCUGUCUUCUUCUGCAGAUUUCUCUGAUGUCUAGCGCGCUGUUUUUUAACUUCUUAUAAGAUGAGAUAAGAAAUACUUUAUUGAUCCCGAUUUGGGAAAUGCUUGCGUUGCAGCAGCACAAAAAGAGAAAUUAAGAUAAGAAAUAAACUAUUCUAAAAUGUAAACAUCCCAAAAUAGAAAUAAAACAGCAAUAAAAAAGUUGAAAAUAUACAUGUUUAAAUACCAAUUUGCAGUAAGCAAUAUAAAGCAGGAUAUUGUAUGCAUUAAGUGUGUGAGGAUUGGCAUUUUAAUUAAAUAUAAGUGUAAAGGGUUAGG